AGAAUAAAAAUACAGCCAAUUACAGUUGAGGAGCUUUCACUAUAGGAAACCCUAAUUAUUGCAAAACAGAGAAGAAGCCAUUAGAGUUGCAGGAACGUAAUUGCAGGAACCAUUUUUCAGCGCCACUUUAUUCAUGAGGGGUUUGUGAAACACUGGUGCAGAAAAGCCAAACUGUCCAUCCAACUGAUAACGUUCUUCAAACCCUAGUUAUGGUGGCCUUUAGAGCUGCAGAAGGUCUGAGUGAUUAAAAGGACCUACAGGCUAAAAGUUUUGAUACCUGAAACCAGAUUUCUUCUCCUGUCAACUGUUAGAGUUGCAGAAGCUUUGGAUUCUUAAAACGCUAACUUGGAUGGGCAUUUCUCUUUACGCGAAGCAUUAGAAUUUUAUGCUUUCGCAUUCUUGGAGGAAUUGUAGUGGAGGGGACUUGUUCAGGUAAUUAAUUAUCUCACUUGGGAAUUCUAGAGCCCUAAUUUUUGCAAAUGUUCUUCCUUCCACAUUGUGCAUAAAUGUAGAAAUCCUCUCAUUUCAUACUCAUGGAUGAAUCUUGGGGGUUCAGACCAGGUCGAGGUAAUCUCUGCCCUAUCUGUUCAACUCAACAUUUCCCCUUUUGUUCACAACACCAUGGUUUCAAUCACAGUCAUAUGAUUAGGGAGCCUCAUCCAAUGCAUGUAGCGAACAACAUGCAAAACCCUAAUCCUUUCAAUGGUCCAAAGCCUGUUUUCAAUCCUCAUGGGCACGACUAUAAUUCAAUGAUGCCUGGUUUUGAAAAUAGAACUGGUUCUAUAUUGUCAGUUCCUCCCCAUUAUAACAACCAACCAUCGAGAAUGGUGCCUUAUUUUCAUAAUGAAAUUCGGGCAGCUCCUGGCCCUUUCCAUCAUGAAAUUCACGCAGGUUCAUCACUGCCCGAGUCUUACAUGAUGAAACCAAAAGAACAUCUAAGGCAGGCAGAGUAUCGAUAUAGUGGCCCUUCGAAUUUCAACCAAGGUGGAGGGGAUAUGUUCCAUAGAAGUGAAUCCCGAUUUGCAAACGGGUUCUUGGAGAGGGAGGGGAAUUUGCAGUCUGGAGUGGGUUUUCGAGGUCCACAAGGUUUGAAUCCAUCUGAAACAGAUGUGGUUCCUGGGCCUAAUAUGCAGUCAAGAAACGCUUUGGUGGAUCCAUUGAUGGGGGUCAGGCUAUAUGGAGAAGAAGCAUUUCCUGAGAGAUUUCCUAAGAAGAUGAAGAUUGAAAAUCUGGGUUCUUUUCCUCCGACGCCUGAGAGUAACAAUCUCAGGCCACUUGAAUCCUAUGGUCAAGGAAUGAUAAAAUUCGAGCAAGACUCGUUGCAUUUCAAUAGGUAUCAUAGGGCACACAGUGGUCACAUUGGGAACUCAGAUCCAUUGAGGCAGCCCCCAUUUCAUUAUGGGAAGGAAGGCUUGUUUGAUUCUAGGAUUCCUAUGAAUGUUGUUGAAAGGGACAAGCAUUUGGGAACGAGGGUUAAUGAAAGUACUGAGAAUCAAUCGCUAAACUGUGACGAUGGUGGGGUUUUUGGGUCCGACUAUAAUUUUAGAGGGAACGUUUACCAUUGGAGUGACAAAGUUGAACAUCGUAGGAGCUCUGGGGUAGGGCUGCCUCAUGAAUCGAUUGGAGGUGUCCCCCCUAAUAUGAAUCAGUUUAACCCUAUGCAUUUUACUUCUUCAUCGAUAAAAUUGCCACCAAAACAGUUAGGUGUGCUUGAUAACUGUUUUUCAGGUGGUUCAGUGUUCUCCUCACAGGACCCAUCAACUCAGAAUAGAGUGUAUGAUGGUCACCACUUUCCUUUGAGACAUCAGUUGCAUGAUAGCCAUCAGAUUCCAUCCAGUCAUCAUUAUAGCGAGGGUGCGUUCUACGAUAUGCAAAAUGAGAACACACAAGAUGAUCAUGGCAAUCAAAGUGAAAAAGGAGAAUACAAUAUAUCAUCUGAUGCAUACAUAAGAGUCCAUUCAGGCAUGGAAUCUAUGAGGAGUGGUGAAAACUUAACUGUUUUUUCCAGUAGGCAAAACCAUGAUCCAGUAGGUAGUCAUCAAGAAGAAGAAAAUUACCACAAGUGGGGUAGACUGGAUCCGUCUCUUUUAGUUAGGCAGUAUGGCAAUAUGGAGCAGCAGCAGUAUGGGCCUUCACGUACUGUGGACCAUGCUUCCCAAGAUCAUGAGAAGCAUCAAACACAAAAUGAUCAAGGCCAACAACCUCCAGGCCCCCAAAAUCUUGGCCAACUUCCUUUGAACAACUCAGAGCAACCAAUAAGUAAUUCUUACUGGCAUGAACAAAAUUUGCAGCAGCUGAGGCCGCAUUUACCUGGAGAAGAUCACCAACACCAUUUAUCAAUGGAGAUUAGGCAACAUAGCUCUCGAUCUCCCCUUCCAACUCAUGAAAUGCAAAACUUACAAGCAGUUCCAUCUGACUUUUCCGGGGAAGAUAAACGAUUUGGUGCUAGCACACAUAAUACAAAUCAUCAGAUGGAACACCCACAACCAUCGUCUGUUACAAGAGCUCUUGAACCUCGACACAUACAUGGGAUUGAAUCGUCUGACGCACAAAAUAAUAAUCGACAAAGGGACUUGUCAGUGAUGCCUAAAGGUCAUGCAAUGACAAGUCACAUCCGAGCUUCUCAGAUGUUUCAUUCUCCUCAGUCUUUUUCCCAGCCACAAUCUCUAGGAGAAUACCCACCAACUCUAUUCCGAUCUCAAGGUCAUGCUCCUGCUUCAGCACCUUCGCCAAAUUUUAUAGCACCUAAAAGUACUUCAGUUGCUUUUCAUUCAUCUCUUGCGCAAUCUGCUAAUGUUUUUUCAGACGCCCAGUUUCCUCCAGGAGCUUGUUCUUUUCCACAGCCUGUUGACAAUGCUGCAAGUGGUUUUCCAUUGGAGGGAUCUCAAACUAGCCAUCAAGCCCCAUUGAAGCAAUUCAUUGACAAUGCUAGACCCUUUGAUUCCAAGCUAACUCAAUCGGAUAAGCCAAAGUUUGUUGAUGCAUCGCUUUUGUUUAAGCAUCCACAUCGAUCUACUCGUCCAGAUCAUUUUGUCAUUAUUCUUCGUGGGCUUCCAGGUAGUGGAAAGAGCUACGUGGCAAAAGCAUUACGUGAUCUAGAGGUUGCAAAUGGUGGAAAAGCCCCUCGGAUUCAUUCCAUGGAUGAUUAUUUUAUGACAGAAGUUGAAAAGGUCGAGGAGGUGGAUGGUUCCAAGUCAUCCAGUUCAGUGAAAAGCAAGAAGCGAGUCACUAGGAAGGUGAUGGAGUAUUGCUAUGAACCUGAGAUGGAGGAGGCCUAUCGUGCAAGCAUGUUGAAAGCUUUUAAGAAGACCCUGGAGGAGGGGAUAUUUACCUUCAUUAUUGUGGAUGACCGCAAUCUGCGGGUUGGUGAUUUUGCUCUAUUUUGGGCAACUGCAAAGAGGUCGGGCUAUGAAGUUUACGUGCUGGAAGCUGCCUAUAAGGAUCCUGUGGGUUGUGCUGCUCGUAAUAUACAUGGAUUUACGCUUGAUGCAGUACAAAAAAUGGCAGAUCAGUGGGAGCAGGCUCCACCUUUGUAUUUACAGUUGGAUGCACAGUCACUAUUCAGUGGAGAUGAUCUCAAUGAGCACGAUAUCCAAGAGGUGGAGAUGGAUUCUGAAGAUCCAUCUUGCCCUGAAGAAAUCGCUUCCGAAGAACACAAAGCGGAAUUGCAUGUCACACCAGAAUCUCCUUCUGAAGAUGAGAAUCCCUCUGGUCUAUAUAAGUUUGGGGUGAGGUGGGGAACAGAUAAAUUAGAUAAAUCAGACUCGCUACACGAAGUAGGGGAACUGGGGAAGAGCAAGUGGUCAGAAUCAGAUGAUGCGGUCAAGCUUCCCAAAAUGGCAAAUCCACGUAAAGAGAAACAGGGGAAUGCACUCUCUGGCUUGAUUCAAGCCUACGGCAAGGGAGAGAAAUCUGUUCAUUGGGGUGACCAGAUUGGCAAAGGUGGCUUUUCAAUUGGCGGGGGGAAGAAACCCAGUUCACGGUGUCUAAUAAUUGGGCCUGGUGCUGGUUAUAACUCGGAUUCGAAUCCAUUGAUUGAGGAUGAUGAAACUGAAGCAACUGAUGCGAGUAACCCUGCAAUGGCAAGGAAACACACUGCAUUCCUCGAGCAUCUCAAAGCAGAGAAAGAGUCGUUCCGUGCUGUUUUCGAUAGGCGGCAACGCCUUGGCCUUAUUGAUGCAGAAGAAGAUUGAGAUUUAGUGGUUUUUUUUUUUUUAGGCAUAGGGAAUAGGGUAGGAGUUGUAGUUCUAGGAGAUUCAUGAAACCACCUUCUUUUCAAUAUUUUUCUUUUUUAUUCAAUUUGUUGUCUCCCUCAUGAUUGGAAUCGAAUGGUAUCUUCCAUAUAAUUGUAAUUUGUAAUUUUUUGAGUUGGAUGUAUGUUGAUUGUUUUGUGGUUU